ACUUUCGAUGUAGAGGAUGACUUUGUUCGUCCUCCAAUUGGAUGAUGGAGCGCACGUUUGGGGAGGAGCAGCCCGAGUAACCAAAUGGGAGGAAAAGUGUUCAGGCUCAAACAAACGAGAGAGAGGGAAAAUGUUUCUAGCACUCUGUGUGUGGAGUCUCGCUGCCGCGACUUUACUUUUCGCUCGGUCGCUUUCCAAAUGUUAACUGCGGGGGGCCGGACGGUCUGCGGCUCAUUGCAGAGGUCUGCGGCCUGAACCGGACGGCGACCAGAGCAACAAGACCAAAGGAGUACAUUUGCAAGUUGUACGCAUUGCGCGGGAUGCAGGCGCGCUACUCGGUGGCCAGCGCCAACCCCUUGGGGGUCGUGCCGUACAUGGGCGGCGAGCAGAGCUACUACCGGGCCGCGGGGGGCUACGCCGGGAUGCCGGCGCCCAUGACCAUGUAUUCCCACGCGGCUCACGAGCAGUACCCGGCUGGCAUGGGCCGCGCGUAUGGGCCGUACAGCCCUCAGCAACAGCAGCAGCUGCAACAGCAGCCGCAGCAGCAGCCCAAAGACAUGGUCAAGCCGCCGUACAGCUACAUCGCUCUCAUCACCAUGGCCAUCCAAAACUCCCUCGAGAAGAAGAUCACCCUGAAUGGAAUCUACCAGUUCAUCAUGGAGCGGUUCCCGUUCUACCGGGACAACAAGCAGGGCUGGCAGAACAGCAUACGGCACAACCUGUCGCUCAACGAGUGCUUCGUCAAAGUGCCCCGCGACGACAAGAAGCCCGGCAAGGGCAGCUACUGGACUCUGGACCCGGAUUCGUACAACAUGUUCGAGAACGGCAGCUUCCUCCGGCGAAGGAGGCGCUUCAAGAAGAAAGAUGCGCAGAAGGAGAAGGACGAUCGCGAACGGACCAAGGAUCUGCAGGCGGCGGGGGCGGCCGGGGAGCUGAGGGACGCGCCGUUGCACGACAGCUGCCAGCCGGUGCGCAUCCAGGACAUCAAGAUUGAGAACGGAAGCUGCACGCCGCCUCGAUCCGCGUCGCCGCCACCCGACGCCGUCCCUAAAAUGGAAAGUCCCAACCGCAGCCGCAGCACAAGCAGCAUCAGCAGCGUGUCCAGCCCACACAGCGGCUCGGAGCAGCAGCAGAGCCAAAGUUCCGCGCAAGGCUUCAGCGUGGACAACAUCAUGACGUCCCUGCGGGGGUCUCCCCACGCGGAGCUCUCCCCGCCUCUCAUCGCUUCCUCUCGAACAGGUGUGAACCCCUCAGUGGCGCUCAGCUACUCGCCCAACCAGGCGUCUUCCUUUAGCUGCAACCAAAACGCCUGCACGAACUCCAGCUAUCAUUGCAACAUGCAAGCCAUGAGCCUCUACGCUGCGGAGCGGAGCUCCGGGGGACACCUGGCGCCGUCCAGGAGUAGCGUGGACGAUCGCGAGACUUUGCCCGACUACGGCGUUGCCGCGGCCACCUCACCACCUAACCUGCAGGCGAACCUGCAGGAGGGCCCACAGCAGCACGGCGGGCAGGGCCGGCUCGUCUCCUGGUACGGCGACCUGCAGGGCCAUCUGAGCUCGGGCUACCCGUCCCAGCAGCAGAACUUCCACUCGGUCCGAGAGAUGUUCGAGUCCCAGAGGAUGGUGCUGAACGGCUCCCCGGUCAAUGGGAAUAGCAGUUGCCAGGUGGCCUUCCCGUCCGCGCAGUCCAUCUACCGCACCUCGGGAGCUUUUGUUUACGACUGCAGCAAGUUCUGAGCUCCCGUAAGAUAGAUUCCCUUUCUUACAUGAUAAAUAUGAUGAUGAUUUUCUCAAAGGGACUAUGGCGAUACACAGAUGAUUUUGCGUGUCAGCACCAAAAACAAGUCAAUUUAUUCUCUUAAUUUAAGAGAAAAAUGGCUCAAAUACGUUUGUAAAUUAUAUCCUAAUAUAUUUAUUUCUAAAGAGCGAUGAAUAUUUCUUGAAAGCCAGAUCCGCAAACUUUUUUCAACGCGCGUGCGUGCGUGCGUGUGUGUGUGUGUGUGUGUGUGUGUAAUUUCGUAUGCUGCCUUAAUAACGUCAUUACGUAUACGCGGGACCUUUAGCCUAAAAUGGUUAUUUUAUUCCUGUCAUUUGUCAACACAAUUUUCAAGACAUUACAUUUUUAAUUAAUAAAGUGCCGUGGUUUUAAUUUGAGUGAUUUAUUUAUUUAUUUAUUUAUUUAUUUAUUUAUUUAUUUAUUUAACCAUCAGGUCUGGAUGCUAAGCGUGUUGAUUUAACCAAAGCGGCUUUUCACAAGAGUAACACGACAACAUUGAAACGCAACAUGCAGUCAUUGAGGCUAUUUAUGAAAUGGCAGGAACCAGUUCACACCGGCCUGGUCGUCUAAAUUUCAGGCCUCGACGUUACAAAGGGUCUUUUGAGUUGAUGUAGGCAACGCGCGCAGUCAACCUUCGCGUAAAUAAACAGGAGGUGCCACGAGCGAGGCCACUAAAAGGCCCUGUCAGCAUUUCUCAGUCGUUACAAGCAAGUUUGCAUCUGCUCACGCUCGCCACAGUAAAGCUUGCAUGCAAAAUCAAGCGUGCACUUGUGCCUUGGGUCAUUUCAACCACAUAACACGGACACAACAGUUGCAGGAAUAAUUAUGCAAGAAAUGUUCACCGACCACACUAUUCGUGAAUCUUUGAAAACAUAAAUUGCCAAGCUCGCUUAAAAUGCCAUCAUUAAUAUCAAAAUCAAUGUAACCAAAUCGGACCUAUGUAGCAGCAGCAGCAGUACAUUCACUCUGAUUUUGAGUGACUAAUAAAUUCACUCGCAAGCGUUUAUGUCCCCCCAAAAGACCCACAUGUAAAUAAUGGAAUUCAUUUAAAAAAACGUGAUUUCUCUCCUUCUCACGAACGGAGCAGAACUCUCCCUGACAAGUGGAUUUCUCCGAAGGCUGCACCAUCGACUUAUGGACGUUUUCUGCAGAUUUUAAUACGAAUUCAAAACCUGAAGAUCAAGACGUUGCAAGAAAGAUGGAAUUGGCUCUUUUAUUUUUGUACUAAUUGAACUGAAAACCGCUGAUAUUUUAUUGCAUGUAGC